UCAGCAGCAGCAGCAGCAGCAAAAGCAACAACAACAGCAACACUUUCAACAAACAGCACACAGAAACAGCAACACAUACGAAAUGUUGUACUCCCACAACCAACACCCGCAACCGCAACCGCUACCGCAACCGCUACCGCAACCGCUACCGCAACCGCUACCGCAUCCGCGAUCGCUGCCGCUGGCGCUGCACACAGGCACGCAGCCAGCAGCAGCAGCAGCAGCAGUGGCAGCAGCAGCAACACGCCAGCAACAGGAGCAACAGCGGCAGCAAAAGAAGCGGCAACAUGCCGAGCAUCAGCAACUCGCCAGAAGCGCCAAUAAAAGCAGCGCCAGAUCCGCUGCACAGCACAUGGCAGAGGCGGAGCACGCCUAUUUGUCCAACAUGUACGGCAAGGCGGCUGCCAAUAUGCUCAGUCCGCCGCUCGCUACCGCCCACGAGCUGCGUCGCAGCAGCAUCAGCAGCAACAGCAACAGCGUCACCUUUGACUGGAGCCUGGCACAGCAGGAGGCGGCAUCGAAGCAGCAGCAGCAGCGUGCCGUGCGACGUGCCACACCUGUUGCGGCUGCCGUUGCCGCCGACGCCGCUGUGCGCCAGCAGCGCCAGGCGAUCAUGCAUCGGCGGCACAGCAUUUGCGCGGCCGGCAUUGCCAGCCUGUCGCCGGCCUCGUCCACGAACUCGUCGGCGGCAUCGCCAACGGCAUCGGCAGCGGCGACCGCCGCUUUGGCCGCCUCCUAUUAUGGCGCCUUUACGGCGCCCUAUCAUCCUAUGAGCGCUGCGGCGGCGGCAGCGGCCGCCCAUCAUCAGCACGGGCAGCCGUCGCCGACGAUAUAUCCGCCGACGCCGCCGCCGUCGGCGCCCUGGGUGCAUCCCUGGUAUGCGGGCGAUCCCUUCUGAACGAAAUCAAAAAACAAAAACUAACUAAAAGAGUUAGCGAAAGAGAAAGCAGAGGAAGAGCAAGAGGAAGAGGAAGAGAAAGAGGAAAAAACAUAACUAAAAACAUGCGCUUCUCCCCAUGUACAUUUGUAGUCUAUGCCUAAGUUAUUUAUAUUCAUUUGUUUUUUAAAUCUUAUAAUAUUACUAUAUAAUUUUUUUUUUUUUUUUUUUGUUUGUUUUCUUGUUUAGCUCGUAAGUAGGUUAACUAAUUUUCUGGGCAUAAUAUGCCGCAAAAGUAAUCGAUUAUCGAUAGUUGCACGUAGCGAACGUUUAUCGAUGACAGCGCCCACUGGACUAAAACAAACUAUCGUUCAUUUUGCUAAAAAAAAAAAAAAAAAAAAAAAAACUGAACAAAAAAAACGGUUUUGUGUUUUGAAUACAAUUUUUUUAAACUGAGAACUCAAAGAACUGAUUACAUUAAAAGCCAACAACAACUGAAAAAAACAAACAAACGAAAGAAACAAAACUGAAUAAUAACUUUAACAUUUUUCAAGGUCAGCACCAGCACACACACACACACACACACACACACACACACACACAUGCAUACACAACAAAUUGAAAAGUUCGCUUGUUUUUUUUUAAAGCGCGCUGCCCGCUCGAAUUAACAACAACAACAACAACAAUAAAACCAACAACAACAACAACAACAACAUUUACAGCUCGUUCGCUGGCGUGAAACCGACUGCAUAGUUAUAAAUUAAUUUCAUUUUCGUGUGCAUUCGACUCCGCAUGCAUAAAUAAGUUAUAUAAAGUCAUUAACUUGUAAUUCUAAGCAAGAAAUACAAUUUCUUGCAAAAACUACUCAAACAAAACUAACAUAAAACAAAAAAAGCAAAAACAAAAAACAAAAACAAAACAAAACAAAACAAAAACAAAAAUUCAAUUGUACUAUAAAGAAAUUCAUUCGGUUUGUGUCGGGCUUUCGUUUCAGAACUUGCCACAAGCUAUGUUAAAACAUGUUCCAUAUAAGCAAGCAACUACUUAUGUACUUUGUAAAUUGAACAAUUUCCAAGUCUUAACAAUUAUUCUAUAAAACAAAACAAAAAAGAAAAACACAACACGCUAAGAAAGGAAAGGAAAAAAAAACAUGAAAAAAAAAAAAAAACACGUUUAAUAUAUAUGUUGAAAACAUAAAAAAAAUGCUUAUGUUAUACAAUGUAUGUAUAUAAUCAUCUAUUUAUACAUGUAUUAUGUGUAAUAAGUUAUAUAAAUCAUAUCCGUUUUAUGGAUUAUUUGGCAAAGAACAAGCUAAACGCAAAACAUAUUUAUUUGUAUUACAAAUUUUUUUUAUUCUAAUUAUAUGCUAGACAUACAUACAUACAUACAUACAUACAUAUAUAUAUAUAUAUAUAUGUAUAUAUAUAUAUAUAUAUUUGUGCUGUUAUUAAAUUAGCUGGGGGAAAUGAAUAUUUAAGAAAUUUAUACUUUCGUUUCAGUUUCUACUGUUUAGUAUGUACACACACACACACACACACAGCUACACACAAAUACACCCACUCCCUAAACCACAUACAUAUAGAUACAUAUAUAUUUUUAUUGUUAGUUGAAGCCGUCAAAGUAUUUAUAAAUCAAUUUUUUUUUCCUGUUUAUUAAUUUUAUUUCAAGGCCAACAGAAAAUAAAAUUUACAAAAUAAUGAAACUAAAUGAGAAUGCAGCAAAAUUAAGUAAAUAAAUUUAAAAAGAAAUGCUAAA